AAAAUUAUUUUGGAUAGAUUUUAAAAAAAGACAAGGAUCAAUGAUAUUCCAGGUGAACGAGGACAAAAAAUACAUCCACCUUUGUCCUAUAGCCCUACUGAAGACCUCCUUCGAUCUUCGACCUGCAGUGAACAGUGCAAUAGCAAAAUAUGCGGUAGUGAUGACUCCGACCAUGAUAACCAAUCACAUCCCCAUGUCAGACAAUCCUGAUUCUGCUACCUCUUUCUACUCCCCGAUGAACCAGCCCACUAGUUUCAUCGUCUGGAAUACUCGUGGUGUUAACAAUGAUAACUUUAAGAGAAACUUCAAGGAGCUUAUUAAGAACCACAACCCUUGCAUGGCGGCUCUCCUUGAGACUAAGAUGGCUGAUCACCUUAGCAUGGUUACCAAAUUUGGGUUUGAUGACUAUUGGGAAGUCCCUGCACUUGUGCUCCUUUGGCACUCUAUUAUUCUCAAUGUUACUAGGAAGAAACAAACUCCUCAGGAGAUGCAUGCCAUGAUCCAGGUCAAUGUUGAAGAAGUUGGGGAAUCCAACGGUCCGCCAUAAUUUUCGCCAAGCAAACAUGGUAGCUGAUGUUUUGUCUAAUAUAGGUGCCAAGCUGACAAUGACCAACCAACCACAUAUCUUACUAUCUCCCCCGGAGGCUGUAAAGGAUUACCUUAAACCUGACCUUGGUGGAGUUCUAUCUAACAAGCUAAUAUUAUGGUCUACAUGUAAUAAGUUAGCUCGUUUUGGCAACCUUUCUGUACUUAGUAGUACUAGUACUGAUGUAAUGGU